CUCUUGUUUGCUCGCAGCCGGGGAGACAACGCUCUGCUAGUAGAAGGUCUAGCUUUGGCUUUACUCGUCAAUUCAAAGCUUCGUGUUUCUAACUUUGGUUAGAAAUUGUUGAAGUGGGAAACAUUAAACGAUAAAGAGGUAAACGUAAUAUGGCAGAGGGGGAUAUUUUUUUCUUCAAAGAUGAGAAGCCAGUUCCAGACAAAGUAUUUGAGUACCUACCUCAGCUUCAAGAAGACAAAACACCGAUAGUAAUAGACAAUGGCUCGUGCAGCUGCAGAGUUGGAUGGGCUACUGAUAGGGAACCAAGAAUGAUAUUUAGAAAUGUCACAGCAAAACAAAGAGGGAAGAAGGAAAAUGAACUGCAGAUAGGGAAUGAUAUUGCCAACUUGGAUGUCAUCCGAUGGAUUCUUCGUACCCAGUUUGAUCGCAACAUUGUCACUCUUUAUGAUGUACAGGAGCAGAUUUUUGACCAUGUGUUUACCCAUCUGGGCAUCAACACUGAAGGUUCCAUCAAACAUCCAAUUGUGCUUACAGAAGCUGUGGCCAACCCCAACUACUGUCGACAGUUGAUGUCGGAGCUUCUUUUUGAAUGCUACUCAGUGCCCAGUGUAUGUUAUGGUGUGGAUUCACUCUUCAGCUUAUUCUACAACCAGCCAAAAGCUCAGGAUGGCAUUAUCAUCAGCUGUGGAUACCAAACAACCCAUAUCAUACCUGUACUCAAUGGUAGAAUUGACUCCGCUAACUGCCGCAGGGUAAACAUUGGGGGCGCUCACUCUGACUUCUUUAUGCAGCGUCUGCUACAACUGAAGUACCCAGGCCACCUAGCAGCUAUCACCUUGUCCAGAGCUGAAGAGCUGCAGCAUGGCCAUACAUACUAUGCUGAGGACUACAAGACGGAGCUAGAAAAGUGGGUUGACCAAGACUUUUACAGGAAGAAUGUACACAAGUUUCAGCUGCCAUUUACACCUCUACCUGGAAGUCAGGUAACUGCAGAACAACAGAAAGAGAGGCGGGAGCAGCAGAUACAGAGGCUCAAAGAAGCCAACAAGCGGCGGCGAAUGGAAAAGAUGCUGGAAGAAGAAGAAGAACUUCAGAAGCUGAUGAGUGUGCAGGAUCUCAUGAUGGAUGAUGAUGAGAAUGCUUUUGCUACAGCAAUGAAGUAUGCCGGUUUCAAGCGUGUUGAAGACCUCCAGGCUGCUGUGGACAAACUCACACUGAGCAUUCAGCGUGCACGGGCCAAGAUUUUGGGCACCGAACCACCUCCAUUGGAAAGUGAGACCAAAGAAUCAUCUUUCCCCCUCUUGGACAUUCCGGAUGAGAUGUUAACACCAGACCAGCUGGAAAUCAAGAAACGUCAACGUAUACUAAAAAGUGCUCAACAGGGCAGAGUUCGGGCCCAAGUUCAGCGUGAGAAAAGGCAGAAAGAAUUACUAGAAGAAAGAAGACUGGAGGAAAGAAGGAAAAUAGACUUCCAAGGCUGGCUGACUGAGGUUCGAAACAAACGCCAGAAGAUCUUAGAAGCACGUACUGCUCGGCGUCAGAAGAAGGCCAACAUGGCCAAGAGGGGGACUCUUGCAUCACAGCAGCGUAUGAAGAUCAUCUCACAGCUGGCUGCUCAAAACUCGAAAAAGGAAGACAAUUUUGGGCAAAACGAUGAUGACUGGGAUGUCUACAAAGAAAUUAACACAGAGCAAGGAACAAGUGAUUCAGAAGCAGAAGAUGAGAAACUUGAAGAGCUGGAGACCAUGUUAAAGGAGCAUGAUCCUGAGUUCCAGAAGGACCUGGACAUGGGAGGAUUGGCAGAAAUAAAUGUUGCAGAGUAUUACCAGCUUCAUGUUGGAGUUGAGAGGACACGAGUCCCAGAGCUGCUGUUUCAGCCAUCAAUGCUUGGUGUGGAGCAAGGUGGUAUUGCAGAAACGCUGGACUACGUGCUGCACAAGUAUGAUGCUGAAACCCAGAACAGGCUGGUCCAGAACGUGUUUCUGACUGGGGGCAUGGCGCAUGUUCCAAAUUUGAAAGCUCGUUUGGAACGUGAAUUGCGGGAAAUUCGUCCAUUUCGAUCAACAUUUAAUGUGACCAUUGCCAGUGACCCUGUCUUGGAUUCCUGGAGAGGAGCACAGAAAUAUGCAAAACUUCCAGACUUGCCAAAAUACAGCAUGACAAGAAAGGAUUAUGAGGAUGGUGAUGGUUACAUCAUAGAGCAUCAAGCAUCGAACAGAUAUUUCCCAACUCCAGGGGCUAAAGCAAAGUAGACAUUCUCCAUUUACAAAGACAUUUUAUGUUUUUUUUAAAAUAAUUUUUGUAAUGAUCUGUGGUUUGCAUUUCUGUUGAAUACAUUUUAACAACCAAAAAUGAAUGAA